AUGUUUCGAAUCGAAUCCAGGCACUUUGGAUGCACAUAUGUUGAAGACGUAUUAGAGAUGUCGACUGUGGGGGAUGAACGCAGCGACAAGCGGCUGGAGUUGGAACGGAAGAAGCAAAAGUUGGCCGAAAUGAGAGAAGCUCGAAGGCGUGCUGACGAAGAAAAGAAACGGCAACUUCUGGCGUCCGUACCAACGGAAAACGGAACCACUAGACAGACUCUAACUUCAACUGAGGUACAAGAGUUACUUGCUGAAGUCGGAAUCCCUGUUGAACCAAGGUUAGAGAAAACACCAGAAAAAACGAAUGGAUUGAGCGAUAGUGACUACCAUCUUUCUCCAAUGGCUUCACAAAUCAUGUCUGGCUCAAGAACUCUACAGCUCGACUUUUCCAACGUUCUUUCCGUCGCUAUCCCUACUAAAGAUGCGGCGCAGUACUCGAAAACGACGCAAACAGACGAUGAUCGUGUCUCGAUGGGAGAAUUUAGUACAGGUAGUCAAGAAUUCGAUUAUGAUGACGACAUGCUUCCCAUGGAUGGCGGUGGAUUUAGAGAUCGAGUUCAUUCUCAUGAUGUCGAUUCGCCUAUGACUGAUGAUUUAGCUGGGAUUUUACCGAAUAUUCCCGGAUUCAAUUUUGCCAAACAAAAGGAGGAGCCACAACCGCCAAAAGAAGAGCCGGCUCCACCGCGUUUACCGGAUUUAAGUGAAGAAGAAAAAGCGCAGAUACUAGCUAGCCGAGGCUUUCAGACAUUUUUCAAUUAUGCUGCAAAGGUCAUUGAACGCGCAUUAGCAGAAGCCGAAAAUGUGGAUAUCUUCGUAGACUAUGCUCGAGAUGGUCAUGGAGAAGUGAUUGCGUCGAGCGAUCGCUUGGUGUUAUCCAGGAUUUUCUCUGAUCCAAAAUGGUCCCAGAACAGGGCUGUCACUGGUAUUGCUUUUUCGGAGCAGCAUCCCGAGCUGGUAGCCGUCUCAUAUGAAGCAAACAAAGAUGUCCCUUCCGAGCCACCAGGAGUCGUGCUGGUUUGGAACACGAAGUUCAAAAAGGACUCCCCUGAAUAUAUAUUCCAUUGCCAAUCACGAUUGGCAUCGGUUGCGUUCGCGCGAUUCCACUCUCAUCUGAUUAUGGCCGGGUGUUAUUCAGGCCAAAUUUGCAUGUGGGACAAUCGAGUCGCAAACAAAAAGACUCCUAUUCACAAGAGUCCUCUUUCAACCUCUGCUCAUACACAUCCUGUGUACGCUUUAGAAGUGAUCGGAAGUCAUAAUGCGCAUAAUUUGGUUUCCAUAAGCACUGAUGGAAAGAUGUGCAGCUGGAACGUUGAUAACCUCACACAACCGGUUGACGGAAAAGAGUUGCUGUCGCGACAAGGAAAGCAGAUUCCAUGCCUGUGCAUGUCCUUCCCCGUGGCGGAUAUGAACAACUUUGUCGUGGGAAGCGAGGAUGGACACGCGUACGCAUUGAGUCGCCAUGGAACUGGUCAGCCAAAUGCGCAGGAGCACACCUUUUUUGAUGGGCACAGCGCGCCAGUGUGUGGUAUAGCCUUCCAUCGUGCCACUGGUCCUGUCGACUUAUCGCACCUUUUCCUCACAUCCAGUUCAGACUGGACGGUCAAGCUGUGGAGUGUGAAGGACCCUAAGUUACGGUUUUCGUUUGAGUCGCAUAAUGAUUAUGUAUUUGAUGUUGCAUGGUCUCCUGUUCAUCCGGCAGUAUUCACUUCUAUAGACGCUGAAGGCAACUUGUUCCUAUGGAACCUGAAUGAAGAUAUAGAAGGUCCAGUUGCGCGGAUGAAUAUUGCUCAAGAAGGAUUUCUCAAGAAAAUUGCCUGGGCUGAGAAUGGCCAACAUCUUUGUGUUGGUGACGACCAAGGUAACCUCCAGUUAUUUGAUGUUCAUGAAAGUAUGUACGUAUUAAGAAGUGAAGAAUGGACCAGAUUCGCCAGGGUGCUAGCUGACAUGAAGCAAGCAAAUGAGGAAGCUGACGAGAUGUCCGAGGUGAUGUCUCGUUUAUCAGAUGGUUUAGGACCAAUGGGCUUGGGUGGUGGAAGCACGUCAGGUGUUUGAUAUCUGUGGCUCACUUUCAGAUUUCUUAGAAUUCAAUCUGCUUUCAUACUGUAUCUUAUGCUUCCUUGUCGUUCCAUGGAUUGUCGAAAUGUUUUAGCAUAUUGUGACGUUAUCUCUAUUUUCAAAUGCUUACCCAAGACGUGUCUUAUAGAUUUCGACUAACAUAAUCAUAUACACCAGUAACUUGUUGAAGAUGAGGGUGCUGUGGUUGAUGGGGCGGGUGCUAUCCCCCCACCUCGCACUGCCAUCUUUUUAGCAAGACAAAAAAACUUUGCUAAACUUGUUGAUUAGAGCUUGUUCCAAAACAUGGCGCCUAUCAUUUUGACUCAUUCGCUCGGAAGGACCGCUGCUUUUCGCCGUAGUAAUUAAUCCUUCACUAAACCGGUCCUUGCCAUCAGCGCUAUGGUUCUUCAUCGUCACUUUGCUCCAUCCACCCUAUGUACUAUUUUCGAUCAGCUAAUAUCUUCUAUCCGUGUGUCCCCAGAGCCUUAGCUUCCAUGUUAUCGCAUUAUCUUUGUAGUAAUUGUAAGAGCAAGAUUUCCUUUGUGCAAUUCGACUAGCACUGAACAGGCGGUCUUGUUAACACCCAAUCAACCUGUGCGUUUUUUAGUAGAAAUUUAUAGUUCUGUUUUAAAUGAUGCUAUAUAAAUGUAUUUAUUCUUAUAAAUUACAUGUUUUGUACAUAUCACACAAGACCCAUCUUCUUGACCAUGACCAGAAGAGUUCCGAUGUUUGGCA